AUGUUGGUAGUUUAUCAAAAAUACUACACGCCAUUGGACAGACUUAUCAACAAGUUCCGUCGUAAAGCGUUCUGGCUAUACACGGGACUAGUCACAAUCUCACUCCUUUACAUGUUUUACGAGAUAUCUCAUCUUCCAACCCUUCCACCACCACCACCACCACCACCAUCACUGAGCAAUGCAUCCAGACGUAAAGCACGACAAGUCACGACAAAAGAAAUCACAACAACAGACCCCAAGACUGGUGUUUUAAAAGUUGAAGAAGUUGUGGUGAUUGAAUAG